UUUAACGUGCAUAAUUAAAAUUGUCGGAAAAAACAACGGUCACGUUUUCCUAUCGUGGUUAGUUUUUCAACUGGUGCAGCAUGAAGAAGAAAAAUACAAGAGUUGUAAAGCAAAAUACAAGCCUGCGUUUGAAAUCGAACCGUGACAACAUUGCAUUUGUCGCUGAAAUAGUUCGAUCUGAGCAAGAGGUAAAAAUAUUUAAUUUUAUCGAAAAACUAUCAACUUUAUAUAACCUCACUUUUUCGCAGAAUGUUCAUCAGCACAAUGUUUCAGAUGCAACGGAAAAGUGCGAUUCCCCUCAGAAAUUUCCAAGAAAAACGGCCAAAAAAUCUGAUUGUAAACGGUCUCCGAAACCAAAACAAACAGAAAGUCAACAUCCUAUACCAGCUACCGGCUCCCGAUCAAGUGGAGCUCGCUUGCAACAACCUGAUUUGAAUAGCUCAAAGGAAAGUGUAUGUUCACCAAAAAAGAGGUCGAAGUUGGACAAACUAUGUCUCGAUAACCAUUCAGAAUCUGUUGAAGAAUGUGAAAUGGAAGAACGGAGAACGCAAAAUUGUAAUAUACCUGGCAUAUCGAGGUCUUGCAGAGUACGGCUACGAAAGAAAAGACAAAUUUGUUCAUGCACACCAUGCAUUGCAAAUCAAAAUUCGGAAUUUAAUCGAAAUUCUAAAAUUACGAAAACCUUGACUCGCUGUUCUUCAGUGGAGAGUUUUUCUAAAAGCGCUUCGGUGAGGCUUCAAGAUUUUGAUUCUACUGAUAUUUCAACUGAAGCAAAACCAACGACUAAAUCUGUAAAUAAAAAUAUUACAUUAAAAUCAGAUAAACUGCGUCAACGAUAUCUGAGCUCUGAUUAUCCCAGCGACAUAAAAGAGACGGCCGUGAUGAAUUUAAAGGCAAAUCAACAGUUUGAAGGCAUAUUUGCUGGAAAAUCCAAACUGAACACAGUUAAUUCGCGACGAUCAGCUAUUACGAAUUCGAUAUGUGACUCAGAUCUAUUGAGAGAAACGAAGACAGCUAACGUAGUUGGAAAACAUCCACCGAUUAACAACUCUUCUGUCACCAAUAAUGCGAAAGUUGUUACAAGAAUGGAAUCAAAAUUAAUAUAAUCUUCGGAUACAGACUUUACGUCAUUGGAUGAUGUCAACGGCGAAUAUUUCGUUUCUCGUUCUAAAUUACCUAUGUCUAAAACAAUUCGAACAAUCAUUAGAGAUACCACAAAGAAUAAAAAUCGUAUGCAGUCUAUAUUGACCCCCUUAAGUAAUAGGGUAUCUCCAGCAACCAACAGCUUUACAGAUUCCUCAACUGACGAUAUGGCUAACGUUGGCGAUUACUCUUCAAAAGGUUGCGUCAAUUGUAAGAUACUUAGUAAAAGAAUUCUAAGUUUAACAAAACGUUUAACAAAGAUUACGAGAGUAUAUCGUGAUUUACGCAUUAAAUCAAACCGUUUAGCAUGUGCAUUAACAUCUCGUCUAUUGCCAAGUGAAGACAAUUUCAAUUUUAAGACAGUUCCCGGGUAUCCAUCUGCGGAUAAAUUAACUCAGCUCUCGAAUCACGCUGGAGAUAGUGAUUUCAUUUUCAUUAAACUUGUAAUGAAAGAACUCUGGCCAAAGGGAUUUCACGGCAGAACUGUAACUGGUAGAGCAUCUAAUAAUCCUUCAGGUCGACCGAUUGAUGUCAGCAAUGCUAAUUCAUCAGUUCAUAUGCCCUUGGCAAACGAUAGUUCUGGGAAAGAACCACUUGAGAAAGAAAAGGUCAACUAUGUUAAAGAACGCCUUUAUGAAAGAAAAAUACUGACUGGAAUGGAUCCAACGACUGCUGCACAAGAAUCUGCGAGACAAUCCGGAAGACAUAUGGCAAGAGUAAUUGCAUAUUAUGCCAAAAUGGGACAUUUUUGAAGUUGAAUUAUAACAAAUAAUAUGCGUUGAAAUAUUACUUUA